AUGACCCUUCGCCCCGAGUCCCCUCCCGGUUCCCUCGCCCCGUUGGGGUGCACCAUCCCCGAGCCCCAAUCCUCCUCCUCCGAGUCCGGGACCCUCACCCCCUCGACGGUCGCGCAGUCGCCCUCGCCCCCCGCGAUGGAGGUCGACCCGGCCGACACCGCGGAGGUCACGCGGCGGCUGACCGCUGUCGCCCGGAUGCUGGCCCCGGAGCCCGACCCACCUAAACGACCCCAGCCACCGCCACCCCCGUUCCCUAGUUCCGCCUGGCCACCCCUGCCCCCACCAGCCCCCUUCCUCGCCUCCGAACCCUCAUCCCCUCCGCGGCGAACGUCCCCUCUAAAUUCCCUCCGUAGCCCUACUCUAAGCCCCAUCGACAAGGCGAAGAAAAAGGAACAACUCACCUGGGGUGAGAGAAUGAAUCCCUCACCGACUAAAGUCAGCGCGCAGCCCGAAGAACCGUCCCCGGAACGACAGGAGCCAAGUCGGAGGCCCCUAACCUCAAACGUCACUUCGGACGAGCAGCCACAUGACUCCGAACGAUUGCUCGUCGGGCCUCCGGCGUCGAGACUCCAUCCCGGUGGAUAUCCCUCGUCGUCACAACACCGACACGGGCCCUCGAGAAAAAGUCACGUACGAGAAACAACACCUCGUCACUUUACACCGUAUUUCCGUCGCCGUAUUUCCGAGCUGUCAAACGCUCGCAGGAGCGAGCCGUUGGUCGUAGUACACCCUCCGGCCGCGGUGGCGCCACUCAGCCGUACAUCGACCCGUGGAGCCCCGCGGGGAUCCGAGAUCGAAGACCGGGUUAUGCAAUUCGCCACCGUGGCGCCUAUAAUCAGCCCCGUGACGCGAGGCGCCACACCGAGGAUCAAGAAUCUAUUAAGUGUCGUGACGUCACCACACCACACGCCAAUCCAGCCCCGAGUUCAAGCCCUGUUCCUCUCCCCGCCCUGCCCCUUGCCGCCGAAUACUCCGCGAUGCGCGGAAUAA